GCCUUGUUUGUGUUCUGCGGGCUCAUCACCGGCUGCUAUUGCUGUUGCUGCCUGUGUUGUUGUUGCAAUUGUUGCUGCGGGAAGUGUAAACCUAAACCUCCGGAAGGUGAGGAGCAGGAGUACUACGUCUCGCCAGAGGACUUGGAGGCGCAGUUGCAGUCAGAUGAAAGGGAGGCCUCAGACGCACCUAUUGUGAUACAGCCAGCAUCAGCCACAGAGACAACCCAGCUCACAGCUGACUCUCACCCCAGCUACCACACUGACGGAUUUAAUUAAGUUAAGGAAACACUGUCGUUAGAAUGGA